AUGUUCCAGCAACCCUUAACACAAGUAACCUUGCUGGGCUUGGUAUGCUUAUGCUGCCCAGGCAUGUUUAAUGCCCUCAUGGGCCUAGGUGCCGGUGGAUCCAUGAGUUCCAACGUGGCACUUACAGACGCAGCCAAUGGUGCAUUGUAUGGAUGUUUUGCUAUAGUCGGAUUUUUUGCAGGUUCUAUCACCAACAUGGUGGGUGUAAAGACUACAUUGACGGUAGGCUCCAUUGGAUAUGCAUUGUAUGCAUCCGCCUUUUGGAUUUAUGAUCGGCAGCAAGUGGAUAGCGUUGUAGUGGCAGCAGGUGCAAUCCUAGGUUGCUGUGCGGGGAUAUUUUGGUCAGCACAAGGUGCCGUGAUGAUGUCUUAUCCUGAAGAACGGCACAAGGGCAAAUACGUUGCUAUCUUUUGGACCUUGUUCAAUAUGGGUGGCAUCGUGGGAUCGGUGAUUGCACUUGCACUUAAUCUGGAAAACCAUCGAGGGGGCGUAUCUACAGGAACAUACACCGCGUUCGUUGCCAUUAUGCUCUUAGGUGUUCUUUUGUCUCUCACCUUAUUACCACCUUGCCGUGUACGACGUGCUGAUGGAUCCCAUGUCGCUGUAGCAGCUGCAGCCAACUGGACAAGCGAGCUCAAAGGUGUUAUUUUGAUCCUACGUGAAUGGCGUAUUCUUGCAUUGACACCAGCGUUCCUUGCAUCCAAUUGGCCCUAUGCAUACCAAUUUCGUGUCAAUGCUGUGUACUUUGAUGCUCCUGAUCGUGCAUUAAAUGACACCAUGUACUGGGCCAUGCAAAUCUUUGCUUCAGUGAUGUUAGGUCUAUGGCUCGAUUAUCAGCGUUUCCCUCGUCGUCUACGUGGUCUCUAUGGACUUGGUGCCAUGUUUGUCAUUCUCAUGGUAGUUUGGAGUGGUGGAUUUGCAUUUCAGCUCUCAUUUGGCAAUCACGUGGAACACACUACCCAUUGGACCAAUACAUCUUCCUUCGCAGGUCCUUUUGUGCUUUACAUGUUUUAUGGGUUUGCAGAUGCUCUUUAUCAAACGUACCUUUAUUGGCUUAUGGGUGCCAUGUCAAAUGACCCUUCAUUGCUUGCACGCUAUGCUGGGUAUUACAAGGCCGUUCAAUCAGCUGGUGCUGCUAUUUCGUUUGGAAUCGAUGCUGUGGAUAUUCCUUUGCGAUGGGAAUGUCUUAUCUGUUGGAUCAUCCUAUUCAUUUCUUUUCCACUCAUGUUGCUCGUUGCCAAUGGUGUAUCAGAUACAAACGAUCUUGUCAUUGAUAAUGAAAGCUUUUACGAUGAAAAACAAUCAAUCGAUACCAAGGAACACGCAACACCUCCAACUAUUGACAAAAGUCCUCAACAACAACAGCAGCAGGCAUCUUGA